AGCAACAGCCUUCUGUGGGAGAGAACAAACCAGCUUCCAGCUGAAGAAGAAAUCAGGAAAAGACGAUGGAGAUGGAUAGGACAUACAUUACGCAAACCGUCAAACUGAAUCACGAGGCAAGCCCUAACUUGGAAUCCUGAAGGGAAGCGAAAAAGAGGAAGGCCAAAGAACACAUUACGUCGGAUAAUAGAAGCAGGUAUGAAAAAGAUGAAUUACAACUGGAAGGAGCUGGAAAGGAUUGCCCAGGACAGGUUUGGAUGGAGAAUGCUGGUGAGUGGCCUAUGCUCCAUCACGAGGAGUAACAGGCGUAAGUAAGUACUCCGUUUAGUUGUCUGUUGUUAAGGUACUUAUUAAGCGAGAGUUCCAAUAUGUUAAAGAAAAUACGUGCAAACUAGGUAUGAGUGGAUAAAGAACUGUAUAAAUGAAGGUGGUUCAGAAAGAAGCUGAAAUAUUCUGAUACACAAAUGGCUGUCUACCUUUUUUGUCAAAGCUAUUUGAGCCCUUUUUGUGGAUUUUAUACGGUCUUGAGCAGGCUUCGUUCAGCAUUCUAAACAUGUUUUAAAGAGGUAUUUAGCAUAAUAAAUCAGCAUCAAUACCAUUGGUUCGUGACAUUCCUCUAGACCAUAAGGAGCCGCAAUUAAACAAAAUGUUCUGCCCUACAGACAUGGGUGGAUUGGAGUUAUCUCCCCAUCAUCACGUUUUCUGGUCAGUAACGCUACCCUCUCUCCUUUUGUGAUGUCAAGCCCUCUUACGUUUGUGUUUGUACAAUGAAGCAAAUACUUCUAAUUAUCACAUUGGCAUCGCAAUAGACCAUGCGAUGGAUGAAUUAGAUAUUCAUUCAACUUCUGAGCAUUAUCCGGAAAGGUUUGAAAUUUGAAGGUUGUUAAGAGUGACCAAAUUGUAGCACAUUUCCUUGCAUUCACCAGCAAAGAAGCCUACAGUUUCCCGAAAACUUUUGCAUAUCCAGAAAAUCCUAUCUCACUUCCUUAUGAGCCACUUAAGGAACUAACAAUAAAUAAUGUAAAUUGCAUCUGUGUUAAAUGUCGUGAGCGAAAAAUUCCACAAUAUGAUUUGUUAGAACAACCAAACGGUCGGAGAACUCAUCAUUGAAUUGCAAUUACAUGCCGCCAAAUACAAUUUUGGUGAUCAGCUACAUGAGCAGCUGAGGGAUCGAUUAAUUGCGGGAAUCAACAUACCAAUCUGUAAAAAGAGCUGUUAAGAAUGCCGAACUGUUCCUUCCAAGGCGUUAGAACUGCACGUAUUGACUACAAAGUAGUGAAUGAACUUGAUAUCCAGUCGACGAAAAUUUCUAAUACUUUGCUUAGUUGUCAUGAUGAAAUACAAUCUCAGGGUCAAUCAGACUUGCGUUCGUUUAACAGUGAUUCCUAUUCUCCAGUAAAUAUGAAAGGUGUUUCAACAUGGAAUAACAAAGCAAAUCACAAAGGGCAUAGCAAUAUUAUCGUGGAAAUGAUCUUCCACCAUCCACGGGGACUGUGCCGAAGAAUGUCGGGAAAUCUGUGGUGCGAAAUCUAGAUAUCGAUGACUUCAGUACAGACAACCGACAUGCUGAUCAAAUGCAAUUCCAGGAAACAGAUAAUACACAGUCCUUACCCAAUACAUUGUCGGAUAGACACGGGAUGAACUUAAGAAGAAGACGUACAAUCGACUACAAACACCGAGACUCCAAUUUAAGCUGUGACGGAUGUGGUGUUUGUAUGGACUAAUGAUACCUUUUUACUUGUUGUGCGCUUGAUUUCGAAUUCCAAAUAUAGUACAUUCUUUAGUGCU